AUGGCUGAAAAACAGAACAAAAUCUCAGAUGACAUUGAGGCAUCAGGACCCAUCACUUAUGUGCCUUCACAGACCGGCGAGAUUCUCAAGGAAGAAAACAUCACUCAUGACCCUGUCUUUGGAGAGGUCACUGAAGAUGGACCUAACUAUCGCAAUGUUGGAUGGCUGGGAACUGUCGCUUUGAUGAUGAAGACCCAGAUUGGGUUGGGUGUCCUUUCCAUUCCUUCUGUCUUCGAUACAUUAGGGAUGGUCCCAGGUGUCAUUCUGCUCUGCAUUGUUGCGGGAAUUGCCACUUGGACGAGCUAUAUGGUCGGAGUCUUCAAAAUCAGACAUCGCGAGGUUUACGGCAUUGAUGAGGCUGGUGGCUUGAUGUUUGGCAGAAUUGGCCGAGAGAUCUUUGGUAUUGGAUUUUCCCUCUACUGGAUUUUUGUUGCAGGAUCGGGCAUACUUGGCAUUUCAAUCAGUUUGAAUGCCAUCUCAAACCAUGGAACAUGUACUGCUGCUUUCGUUGCUGUUGCCGCUGUCAUUGGAUUCUCACUCGCCAGCAUUCGAACCCUGGGCAAGAUCACUUGGAUAGCCUGGGUUGGAUUGAUUUGUAUUCUCAGUGCCGUUCUGAUUGUCACUGUCAGCGUUGGAAUCCAAGACCGACCAUCAUCUGCCCCUCAAGAGGGCCCCUGGUCUUCCGACUUUAAGAUAACCAACUCACCAACCUUCGCGCAAGGUGUUGCAGCAGUCUCAUCCCUGAUAUUUGCAUGCUCUGCCACGCCCGCCUACUUUUCCAUCGCCGCCGAAAUGCGUGACCCGCGGCUGUUCACCCGAUCCCUCGUUGUUAGCCAACUUGGAUCGACUAUUAUAUAUCUCGUGAUCGGCAUCGUUGUAUACUAUUACUGCGGGUCUGAUGUUGCUUCGCCUGCCCUCGGCUCCGCCGGUCCCCUCAUCAAGAGAAUCUCUUACGGAAUCGCCUUACCUGGCCUUAUUGCCUCCACUACUAUUGUUUUACAUCUUCCGAGCAAAUAUGUCUUUGUUCGCAUCUUGCGAGGCUCGGAUCAUCUGACUUCGAACACUUUGACCCACUGGGUCAUCUGGCUCAGCUGCACAUUUGCUUCUACAAUGGUGGCAUACCUCAUUGCCAGUGGUAUUCCAUUCUUCAACAGUCUAGUCUCCCUGAUCGGGGCGUGUCUAGGUGCUUCACUCGCUUACCAACCAACUGGCUGCAUGUGGUUCUACGAUAACUGGGGAUCUACUGACCGGACUUGGAGAUGGAAGUUCAUGGCAUGCUGGAGUAUGUUUAUUAUUGUGAUUGGAACAUUCAUGACGAUCGCAGGUACUUAUGGCUCUAUCGUCAGUAUAAUUGACUCACUCAAAGCUGGUGGCUCGAAACCUUGGACUUGCGCGGACAAUUCCAACUCUUGA